AUGAAUUCUAAUAUUUCAUUAUCUUUGCUUUCUCAAUCUGAACAAGAAAAACAUCUCCAAAAACUCGAAAUCUUCAAGAUUCAAGGUAGAGAUAAACGCGGUCACACAAUCCUUAGCAUCAUCGGGAAACACUUCCCAGGGAGGCUUGUGAGUGUUGAGGCCCUCAAGAAGUACCUGGAGAAUGAAGUUUUUCCAAGAUUGGGUGGAAGGCCAUUUGCAAUAGUGUAUGUGCACACUGGGGUUAAUAAAACUGAAAAUUUCCAAGGAAUUUCUGCACUGAAAUCAAUAUAUGAGGCUAUUCCAAUUAAAAUUAGAGAAAAUCUGGAGGCAGUAUAUUUCUUGCACCCUGGGUUGCAGUCCCGGCUCUUCCUCGCUACCUUUGGCCGUCUGAUCUUCACUUCAGGGUUAUAUGGGAAAUUGAAGUACAUAAACAGGUUGGAAUUUCUGUGGGAAAACGUGAGGAGGAAGGAAAUAGAGAUACCGGAAUUUGUAUAUGAGUAUGAUGAACAGUUGGAGUAUCAAUGUCCGACUAUGGAAUACGGGUUGGAGAGUGAUCACCCGAGAGGAAAUGGAGCUACGCUGGACUCUUCAGUAUCAACAUAUUCAAUGAGGUGUAUUGCUUGA